AUGGCACCUCGGCUCUUUAGGGACAGUAGCCGGGAGCUGGACGUGCUGCGCAUGUCGGACCUCCAGUCAGCCGCCGACUCGGCGUUCCACCCGGACCGACUGCGCACUGGCGCCGACCAGGACGGGCAGCUGUCCGCCGACGAGUACGUCCAGAUGGUCCGGGACCUCAUCAAGAUGGACAAAAACGUCUGCCUCUGUCGCAACUUCCACAACUUCAACAAGAAGGAGCUGGCGGCCCGGCUGAAACGGCGGGAGCCGGUGCACAUCGACGCCUGGCCCGUCAACUUCUUCGACACAGAGGCGCCGUGCACCAGCGACGACGUGACGUCACAGUUCCUGCUGCAACUCUCCACUGUCCUCCUCAUGACGGCGGCGUUUCGUGGCACCUCCAUGCGGCUGCGGGUGCUGCUGUGCGCCAGCUCGGCGGUACCGGCGCACGUCGUCACUCAGUUGCACGACCGGCUGCAGACCAGUCUGCGAGAGAUGCGCAUCCGCGGCCAGAUCGUAGUGCGGGUGCUGGAUGAGAUGCGCCAGCAGGUGACCAGCGUGGAGGACGCCUCGGACCAGUAUCUGACCAGCAUCAACCGCCGCAUUCGGAGCGAGUCGGCGGCCACGGCUAUCACGUACCUGUACCUGCCGCGGCCUGCGUCAGACGGCGGCGCCGACAGCCGCUACCUGCGCCACCUGAGCGCGCUCACCGACCGGCUGCCGCCCUGUGUGCUCGUACACGGAGUGAGCCGCGUCACCACGACAGCGCUCUGAGAGCCACCGCGUCCGUCCGUCCGCAGCCAGCCGGCCGGACCAAUCGGUCAGCCGAGCGGCGGCCGCAGCGGCGCAGCGGCGGCCGGCCAAUGGCCUCCCUCCUGGACACGGCAGUGACAGAUUAUUGGGAUACCGGCACCACACCGAAUACCAAUCAAAACAUUACGAAAAAGAUUCGGGAUAUUGAAAAAAAAUCCAUUUUUUACCGAAUUUAUUAAUAGCAUUUGAUACAUUAGUUAAUGAUGAUUCAUAAAACUAACGAGAAACCAAAAACAUGUGUGUGAAAUACCACAUACCUGACUGGUAUCGGUUAACCCGCGCCCCGUACGGCUGUCGUUGGACCCUGCCACCCGAAUGGGGGGAGGGGUCGUUUCGGCCCACCUCCCCCUAAGAUCUCGAAAAGUUACCGGCCGAUUUUCAAAAUACAAACGGCGUUCGAUAGCCGCACCGAGGAACUAACUACCUGGUGACCAAAUUUCAUUGACCUCGGUCCAACCGAUGACGUUACAGGUCAGGUCAAAGGUGGAACUUUCACCGUUCACAGGCAUUUCAAGAAAUGUGUUGUAAAAUCGAGGAAAAGGCAUGUUAUUGAAAAUCAUCGAUAAAGAAUUGUCCGCCAAACACAUACCGUAAACGGGGGUGACUUUGCCUCGCCGGGUGACUUUGCCAUGCUUCUCGAAAAAUGCUUUAGGGAGAUCUCGCAUGAUAUUUUAUGAGGAAUGUAGUAAUGUUUUAUGCACAAAUGAAAGGUAAUUGAUGGGCCUCCCAAUAUAACUAACACUGUUAAGUAAGUUACCACUAAAUACCUAACUGGGCUCCAUUUUAUUGGAGUCAUUGAAAUGGUCAAAUUUGAAGAGUUCCAAACUUUUUAUUAUCUAACCAUGUCAGACCACCUGCGAUGCUGAAGCUUGGUAUGGUUGAUCAUGACAAGGCUGUUAAGUUAGCAUAUCCAACAAAACUGGCAUUUGUCACUUCAUUUAGCUAAAAUUUUUGGUGGCGAUUUUUCCAAGUGAAUAGCAGGCCACAUGGGGUGACUUUGCCACCAUGUUAUUUAUGCAAAAAUUGAAUGCUUAUCCGAUGCAAUUCAAAAUAAUUUUUAAGGUAGCAUCAUUUUGACCUCCAAACUGGUUUUUAAAAAAGUGAUAGUUUAUACGUUUAAAAUGAGCACAGGAAUGCACAUUGGGAGUAUAGAAAGGCAAAAAUUACCAAACUAAAAAAUGGAUGAAGCUGGGCCCAACUUUUCAGCACAGUCAUGAUCAUCUACAACUCCUGAGUUUGCCAGUAAGACUAGCUGAAGAAAUCUGUAUCAUUUUAUAGAUCAAGACGCUGAUAAUAAGGGUGCCGGUAAGUUGCCGCAAGAACGUCUUCUUUCUGUUCCUCUCAAUGCCACUGCAGGAAUGUGGCACGGUCCUAGAGUACCGAUACAAUCAUAUUUUUGCUUAUUUAUCUAUUCUUAACCAUUUUUCAGUUUCUAUUUACUAUCAUUGUCAAUAAUUUUCAACAAAUGUAAUGUAUUAUAAAAGUAAUGUAUCUCUCCUUUUACAUAUGUACAUCAUUUAAGAGCAAAAAACUUUGAAUUGCUUCAUUUUUUCCUAUUAAACAAUUAAAGAUGGUUGCCCUCCCCCAUACAAUGGAACAAAACUGCUUAAACAUUAUUUGUAAGCGUUAAACAACCAUUUUUUGACAUAGUGGCAAAGUCACCCCUUUUUCAGUUUAACUUUGCCACGACUCAUUUUCUUAAAAAAAUUAUGCUUUUAGGCAAGAUAUAGAUACGAUAAUAGCAAAACCAAAAGAGCUAAUCUUCAUACGUGUUUUGAACAUAGAGUCAUUCCAACAAGUUAAGAAGUGUAAAGAACACAAGCGUCUAAAAUUGAAAACAUGGCAAAGUCACCCCCGUUUACGGUAUUUUGCUAUUUGAGUUCACUGAUAAUAGGCCAGGUCACUGAGGUCAGGUCACUGAGGGUCACAAUACGGAAGUGUCGUGUGAUGCAUGUUUUAUGGUCCAUUUUACAUGACAAAUGCGAUUAUGUGGGUCAGGCAACCUAUGGGGCCAGUUAAGGUUAUGUUCUGGUGAAGAUCAGGUCAAAUUUCAAAGUUGAUGUUUUGCAUAAACUGGGUAUCGAUUCGAUGCAGCUCGUCACGGGGAGUCUAAUGGUGGUCUUUGUUUUGCGCCACGUGGUCUAGAAUUGCUAAAAAUUGAGUUUGGAAAUUUGACAUCAAUUUUGAAGUGUUUCUGCUAUAACUUAGCCAAAAAAAGGUAUCGAUCUCAAAUUUAGUAGGUGUAUGGAUGGAAGACUGUAGGGACUAUCAUGUGCAGACAGGUGUAGGAACGUUUUCGAAAGUGGGGGGGGGGGGCAGGCUCCCAGAGGCACAAAACCUCACCUACCCCCAAAAUCCAAUUUCUCCUCGGAUUUCGGCCACUUCAUUUUCGCAAACAUGCUCAGAGGUAAAAAAGUGACAAGAAAAAAAAUCGACCAAAAUCUCAGGGAGACUCCCGUCCAGAUAUUAAAUCUCAUGGACGCGUCCCCCUGGCCUCCGCAGCCGCGUUGGCACCAGGAGCGGAUCCAGGAAAACUCCAAGGGGAGGGUCAUGAAUCGAAGUAGUGCCCCUACCUAUACCCAAAAUUAAAACCUCAACGGAUUUCGGCCACUUAAUUUUGGUGGUGCCCUAUUUUCAUUUUUUUAUUUUAUUUUUUUUUUUUGCCCUGGCAGGCCUGUGGUGCCCCUGCUAGGCCGCAGGUGCCCCUGGCAGGUUUGUGGUGCCCCUGGAAGGACUGUGGUGCUUCUUACGAGCCUGGAGUGCCAGCGACAGGCCCAUGGUGCCUCUGCGAUGCCGGUGGUGCCCCUGCGAGGCCGUGGUGCCCCUGCUAGGCCGCUGGUGCCCCUGGGCCCUGACAGGACUGUGGUGCUCCUGACAAGCCUGAAGUGUCCCCGACAGGCACGUGAUACCCCUGACAGUCCCAGGGUGUCCCUGCGAGGCCAGUGAGUGCCCCUGGCAAGCCUGUAGUGCCCCUGGCAGACCUGUGGUGCCCCUGCUAGGCUUCUGGUGCCCCUGACAGGCCUGUGGUGCUCCUGAAAGGACUGUGGUGCCCCUGGGCCCUGUCAAGCCUGAGGUGCCCGUGACAGGUCCGUGGUGCCCUUGACAGGCCCAAGGUGCCCCUGCGAGCCCGGUGGUGCCCCUGGAAGGCCUUUGGUGCCCCUGGAAGACCUGUGGUCCCCCGGACAGGUCUGUGGUGCCCCUGGCAGACCUGUGGUGCUCUUGCUAGGCCGAUGUUGCUCCUGACAGGCCGGUGGUGCCCCUGUCAGGUCUGUGGUGCCCCUGAUAGGUCGGUGGUGCCCCUGGUAGGCCUAUGGUGCCCCCGGGCCCCAAGGGGGCAUGACCCAUGUGACCCCACCUUGGAUCCGCCACUGGUUGGCACCCAUGCGAAUUCCAGAAGCAUCCAAAAACAUUUUUUAUUACGAGCGAACGUGAAACGUGAGAAGUAAACAGUCAGCAAAAGGUGUGUGUGAGUGUGUGGGAGGGGGCAGUUAACAUUGCUGGCCCCCCAGUCGAAAGUGGGGGACCAUGGCCCCCUGCCCCCUGUUCCUACGCCUAUGCCAGUAACCGAUCAACUAAUGCAAGGCCGCCUAACAUAAAUUGUUAGCUUACGCCGUUUACGCAUUCUGCUGAGCCAGUAUUUGCUGCUCUUUGCAGCGCGCGCUGCCCCUAAGCUGCCACUUAUUGCUUCUGACAAAAUUUCCUUUCAUUGGGUGGAGGAAAAUUGCACUCAAUAACAGUGAAGCACAAAUGGAAAUCGUCAUGGAAGGGCAGGCCGGAGAACCGUCAAGUUUGUUCUUCGGGGUGGUACCUACAAAUGCAUUAAUGUUCGGCAAAAAGUGGGGGGGGGGGCAGUUAACAUUACUGGCCCCCACUAUGAAAAGUGGGGGGGGGCACCGGCCCCCCGUCCCCCCUUGUUUCUACACCUAUGGCUCGGAGUCAGAGACUUGGUCCCAGCCACGUCUCAGUCAGCGCGAUCACAUCAUAAGCGGCAAGCUCUCCAACCUGAGAGCUUCCCACUUCCCAGCUUAUUCUUAACGCUGCACACAUUCUGUUGGAAGACACAAAGUGACCGCAGCUUGUCCGCCGACCUCGGGUUGACCUCAACAUCACCCGAGACGAGCAGACUAAUUAACAGCAGCCAGCAGCAGCCGGCCGGCUUGUUCCAAACAUUUAAAGAAAAAAAACAUUUUAAAGAUCCGAGAUAGCACUUUCAUAGCCCUGCUAAUUGUACACCUUUGGUCUUCAACGUUUUUUCAUUAUCUUUAACCUUCCAGGCGGAGGGGGGCAUUUUUUGCCCCCCCCCCUUUAGUUUUUUUCGAUAUAUCUCCAGAACCGCUGUGCCGAUCGUCACCAAA